ACAAGUGUGUAACAGCAAAGAGAAGUCUGUUAGAAUAGUGUUUUCUUUCUUUGCGAUAAUAGGUCUGUUAGAAAAGUUGGCAAAAUGUGUCAGUAAAUAAAAAGAAAGAAAGUUUAAUGUCAAAGAAGGAAGCAAGCAAGCCAGCAAGCUAGCUUGACCCUGAAGAGAAGAACCUCUUCCAAUCUCAUCUGAGAUAAAUAUUGUAAAAUAUUAAAAAUGAAAAAGUGUUUAACUAAAUUAUAAAUAAUAAAAAAGAGAAAAAAUUUACAAAGAGGAAAAGGAAAGGAGCUUAGGUUCUGUAAUAAUUUAGGAACAAGAGCAGUUGGCAGUAGUUAGUCUGUCUUUUAAAAACAUACAUGCAUACAUGUCACCUGUAAGCUUGGGCAGGUAUGCAAAGUUUCAAUCUUUAUCUUUCUCUCUUUACAUACUGUCUCUAACGUGUUUUCUCUCUCUAGCCUUAUAGCUCUCUUGCAUUUCUCAGAGAGUAAAAUAUAAAAGGUUGGAAUUUGAUGCUUCUUUUGCUGUUCGGUGCGAGUGCCAAAUUGGUGAAUUUGGUUUCCUAUUGUAGAAUUUAAGCUUAGCAUUUGAUGCGUUUAGAUGUACUGUCAAACACCCAAUAUAGGGGACUGGGAAUGAGACGCUGCCUCAUUUCCGUUCUUGCAUAAUUCAAGUUAGAAUUUAUGCUUUUUGGUCUUUUUUUUGGGACACCCAUCUGAGAAUAUCUCAAAAGGGUUUCUCCAACUUCCUUUUCUUGGUUCUUGGAGGGUUGUGUCUUGAUUCAGAACUGGAACAUUUAGUUUCUUCCUUGGUUAGGACUUCUCUUGCACUUGGUUUUCCAUUCUACUUUCAUUUGAGAGUCAGUUGAGCAAUUAAGUUGAUCCUCCUCAAUUGGGUUGUAGUUGAAGAGAUUCAAGAUUGCUUAACAUAAUCAAUCACAUUGGGCUUUUAUUGAGUUUGAGAUUGUGAAAAAUAUAGUUCUUCUCUAAGCUAAACGGAAAAAGGGAAUCUGCUUUUCUUUUGUUACACUGGUGAGCUGUUACUUAGCUAAUGCAAUCGUCUGUCUAUGUCCACUUUAUGCUCUGAAAGGUUCACUUUCUUGUCUGCGGGAAGCAUUUUCUUGUUUUGCCUAACAGCAGAGUAGACGUGAUCCUAGGGUUAGUGGAAGAAGAGGUAAAUAUUUGGUCUGUGUAAGAUUUUGUGCCUGUGCAUUGGAUUUCUCCUUUUACUUUGUGUCUCUAGGAUGCUCCAAUGAGAGGUUUCUUUUACUUUAACAUCCUCUCAGUUCUAUAAAGCUGCCAAGGUUACUUGUUCCUUGUUCAGUCCUGCAAGAUAUCCCCAGCGAAUUUUGGUCAAACCAACUUUCCCUCAAAUUUUAUACUACUUUCCUUCUGUAAAAUAUCUAUUCUUAGCCCAGGUCUAGGUUAGCUGUUGAGUAGGGAUUGAUUUCAAAUUUGCAAUUAUAGAUAGGUUGAGUUCCUUAGAAUUUGGGUGUUUAGCCUCGGAAUCUACAGCAUGGCUAGUGGUGAUAAUGAUGAUGUGGGAUUUAAGAACAGACACGAGAGCCUUAUAAAUUGUCCGUCUUCACAGAUAAACACAAACCCCUUCUCUGACAAAGUUGAUGGGAUGGCAAUGAGUUCAAUAUCCAUGUAUAACAAGCCUUCAAAUGCAUCAGAUCCUUUCUUUGGUUCUAGUUGGGAUCCAAUUGUUUCACUGAGUCAGAGUGAAAGCCUUGUAGGAUCUUCGAUGGUUUCUCACAGUGAAUUUGCCAAUUCUCAUUAUCCUCUUCUAAUGGAAAAUCAGGGAAUUACUAGCACUGCCCACUUUUCCCAGUAUCAAUCUGAUCCAGGCUUUGUUGAGCUGGUGCCAAAGCUGCCCGGAUUUGGUAGUGGAAAUUUGUCAGAAAUGGUUGGUCCCUUCAGCCUACAACAAUGCGGCCAGAUUGCCAACGGCAAGUGCCCCCAAAAUUAUGCUCUAAACACUGAGGUUGGCAAUGAAAGGGCUUGUACAAAUAGUACACAAUCUCGUGAUGAGCACCAACUUUCAGAUGAGGGAGUUGUAGGUGCUUCGCCCAAUGGAAAGAGGAGAAAACGAGUUCCUGAAUCAAAUUCUCCACUAAGAUCAUACCAGAAUGCUGACGAGGAGCCUCAAAAGGAUCCUUCUGGAGAGAGCAGCGAUGUUCCAAAAGGACAGGAUGAGAAGAUACAGAAAACCGAACAAAUUACAGGUGUGAAUUCACGUGGUAAACAAAUUGCGAAACAAGCUAAAGACAGUUCUCAAACUGGAGAAGCUCCUAAAGAAAAUUACAUCCACGUGAGAGCAAGAAGGGGUCAGGCUACAAAUAGUCACAGCCUGGCAGAAAGGGUGAGAAGGGAAAAGAUAAGUGAGAGAAUGAGAUUGCUUCAAGAACUUGUACCAGGAUGCAACAAGAUUACUGGGAAAGCUGUAAUGCUUGAUGAGAUUAUCAACUAUGUGCAGUCACUGCAACAGCAGGUUGAGUUUUUGUCAAUGAAACUUGCCACUGUCAAUCCAGAGCUAAACAUUGAUUUAGAGAGAGUUUUAUCCAAAGAUAUUCUUCAUUCAAGAGGUGGAAGUGCUGGAAUUCUCGGAUUUGGUCCUGGGUUAAACUCCUCUCACCCUUUCCCCCCUCGUAUCUUUCCGGGAACAAUUUCAGGUGUCCCAAGUACAAAUCCGCAAUUCCCUCCCUUGCCUCAGACUGUACUAGACAAUGAGCUCCAAAAUCUUUUUCAAAUGGGAUAUGAUUCUAGUUCAGCUAUGGACAGUUUGGGACCAAAUGCAGGUCGCUUAAAAUCAGAGCUUUGAUAUAUGGAAGAAGUUUAAAUAAGAAGGCUUUGUUCCUCCUAACCAAGCAUUCAAAUGCUGCAAGUUGACUGCAGAUUAAACUCAUCUAGAAAAGACAAUUGGAAAAGAAGAAGACAAAAACAGGAUUCUUCAGCUGUAUAGGUUCAUUUCGUUCCUAACUGUUUGUUUUCCGAAUUUUUAGACAAGGAAGAUGACUUGUUAGAAUCACAAAUCAUUGUAUAUUAAGACAACAAAGCAAGAGUUGGUUGAUGGAAUUUUGUUUUUUUUUUUCCUUAAUAAUUGGUAUUGUAGGGGUUGUGAUGCUUUGUGAAAGCUUGGAAAAUUGUGUUUAAGAAAAUUAUCUUGUAGAUUGGAUAAAUUUUCUUGUAAAGAAAAUUUCAUUUU